CCUUGGUAACGCAGGUCUCCCCGCUUUUUCUGGGGAGCAACGGCGGAGCCGACGAACCCGGCCUGAGGCGGCAGUGAGAAGCAGACAGGCAGUUUGCUGUGACACCAUGGAGAGCGGCGGGGGAAGCGGGAACAAAACCACAGGGGGGUUGGCCGGCUUUUUCGGAGCCAGCGGGGCAGGUUACUCACACGCGGAUUUGGCCGGCGUCCUGCUGACUGGUAUGAACCCUCUGUCAUCGUAUUUAAAUGUGGAUCCACGAUAUCUUGUUCAGGAUACAGAUGAGUUUAUUUUACCGACUGGAGCUAAUAAAACCCGGGGCAGAUUUGAACUGGCCUUCUUUACCAUUGGAGGAUGUUUUAUGACAGGGGCUGCAUUUGGAUCAAUGAACGGUCUACGGCUAGGAUUGAAGGAAACCCAGAACAUGUCCUGGUCCAAACCAAGAAAUGUACAGAUUUUGAACAUGGUGACUAGGCAAGGGGCACUUUGGGCUAAUACUCUAGGUUCUCUGGCUUUGCUCUAUAGUGCAUUUGGUGUCGUCAUUGAGAAAACACGAGGUGCAGAAGAUGACCUUAACACAAUAGCAGCUGGAACCAUGACAGGCAUGUUGUAUAAAUGUACAGGUGGUCUCCGAGGGGUAGCACAAGGUGGUCUAGCAGGACCAAUGCUUACCAGCCUCUAUGCACUAUAUAAUAACUGGGAGAACAUGAAAGGCUCCUUACUCCAACAGUCACUCUGA